UAAUCGAUCGUUUAUUUGUGCAAUAUGAUUUAGACCUAUACUUUAAUGACUUAUAUCCUGAUUGGUUAGUAGAAAAGCGCAAAAAUAAUUAUUUUAACUCUUCUCAAAUAUUUCUAAAAAUGGAUUUCAUUUAUAAGCUUAUAAGAAUAGUUCAUUUCCGAACUGUUAUAGUCAG